AGAUCUCUACACAUAUUUCCUCCUAUUUAGUCCUAUUCUCCCAUUCUCAGCUAAUAAUGUCUCGCCGCUUGGUUCCCUCUCCAUUUACUCUCAAUCGAUUCGCCGUUGUCCAAGUCCGCUAUAAUAGCACUGUCGGCACUGGCGCGCGUGGUUCGGUGAUCGACACCCAACACGUCCCCGCACCAGGAGCAGGUCAUAUCAAGGUCCUUCUAUUAAACAGACCAGAAGCCCGGAAUGCUAUUUCACGAGAGUUGCUGGACAGCUUAACCAAACAUGUCAAUUCAAUUGAUGCUGAAAAGGGGAAAGGGCCUACGCGGGCUUUGGUUCUCGCCAGCAACAUAGAUGCGGCAUUCUGCGCUGGCGCGGACCUGAAGGAGCGGGCCAAGUUCACGAGAGAAGAGACCGAAGCAUUCCUCGCCCAACUCCGGCAAACAUUCACAAGCCUUGCUGCCCUCCCAAUCCCAACCAUCUCAGCCAUCUCUUCAAUGGCUUUAGGCGGCGGCCUCGAGCUCGCCCUGUCCACUAACCUUCGUGUCUUUGGCUCGACGAGUAUUGUGGGUUUGCCUGAAACCCGACUCGCCAUUAUUCCUGGGGCUGGGGGAACUUACCGGCUACCCAAGCUCAUUGGCGAAAGCCGGGCGCUUGACAUGAUUCUCACUGGUCGGAGAGUUAGCGCGGCAGAGGCUUACUUCAUCGGGCUCUGUAAUCGACUGGUGGAGGUCAGCCCUGAGGAAGCCGCCCAACCAGGCGCAGCGAGGGAAAGAGUUAUACAAGAGACCAUAAAGCUUGCCCUGGAUAUCUGUGAAGGUGGCCCCAUCGCGUUGAGGCAAGCCAUGAAGGCAGUUCGUGGAUUUGAAAAGGGAGCGGAGGCAGAAAACCAGGCCUACCUAGGCGUUGUGGAGACGGAAGAUCGAUUCGAGGCGCUCAAAGCCUUUGCAGAAAAGAGGAAACCCUGCUUUAAGGGCAGGUGAUUGUACGGGCAGGAUAUAUGUGUCACAUAUAUGUUCUCUGGGAUGACUCAAGGGAUGCGGGCUACAUUCUGCAGACACGAAGAGGGCCAAGCAGAGAGCCUAUGUCUGCAGAUUUGCUACGGAGUUUAAUUAACCUGUGUAAUACAUGCGGAAUUUUACUUAGGUUUUGUCCAUUUCUCGCGAGAAAAUCUGCCUUAUUUCGACGAGUAUCUAUCAUUUUGGUGGGGAAACACGCGGCGGUUGUGGUCUCGUCAAAUAAAAUAUAACUCGACAAAUCGUGGAGGGUGGCAGAUGCGUCGUUCUGUUCGUGAACAGGUAGUUCAUUUUCAACAUCACAAGAGGCUACCGGACAGGCUACAGGAUUAAUAUAUGGGGCCAUAAUAGACAGCCGAACACCAUACAAUUACCAUCUAGUGAC